UCACUUCGUCGACCGUCUACACGUCUACGUAGUCCUUCCUCCAAUAUGACGAAGAAGAGAAGAUCCGGCGGCCGCAACAAGAACGGCCGUGGCCACGUCGCCUCCAUCCGCUGCUCGAACUGCUCGCGCAUGUGCCCCAAGGACAAGGCCGUCCGUCGCUUUACCGUCCGCAACAUGGUCGAGACUGCUGCGAUCCGUGACCUUUCGGACGCGUCGGUGUACCCUGAGUACGCGCUUCCCAAGCUGUACAUCAAGAUCCACUACUGCAUCUCGUGCGCCGUCCACGCCCACGUCGUCCGCGUCCGCUCGGUCAAGGACCGCCGCAACCGCGCGCCCCCGGUCCGCGUUCGCUUCAACAAGGACGGCAAGAAGAUCUCGCCCACGGCCACCGCCGCCGUCGCCGCCGCCCGCAACUAAGCGCGUGUGCCGUGACGGAGCUGGAGGAACCGGGACGAGGUUGGGAGGGCUGGUCCGUGUUGUGUAGCAGAACGAGGGCAAUCUCCUUCUCG